AGCCCUUCGCAGAGCCAGCCGUACAUCAAGAGACGGAGACCUCCUUGUGGGGACGUGCCUUGAAGAGAUGGGGACACUCUGGCUGGGACUGCUGGUUCUCCUGGUGCCCAGCCAGCUCCACAGCCUUCCCCUGCUGACUGCAGAGCGGCCUGGCCCACCUGCCCCAUCGCAGGACGAGGUGAUGUUUGCAAAGAGAUACUUAGAGAAGUUCUAUGGCUACGGGCCGUCCCAGUCGGACCGGCAGAGGAGGGGGGCAGCCAGCCCCGCCACGGCUGAUGACCGGCUCUGCGCGGCGGUGAAGCAGUUGCAGCGGUACUUCGGCCGUCCCGACAACGGCCGGCUGACGCCCGACACGUUGGCGCUCAUGCGGAAGCCUCGGUGUGGCUUGUCCGACGUGGAGCCCUUCCACAACACGUGGCGCUGGAAGAGGAAAUCUCUAGCUACGGCCCGACUGCCAGCGGACGCCUGACAAGUGUGAUCCAAAUUUGUCGUUUGUUGCGGGGACAGAACUCCAGCAGGAGAUUGUGUUUUUCAAAACAGGUAUGCACCGCGACGACAACGCAAAGUUCAACUGUCUCAACCCAUGAUCUACGGGAGCAUGCAACAACAUUUCACUGGAUGUCUGCCAAAAUUCCUUCCUCAAAGUAUUUAUCAUCCGAUCACAGUCAAAAUAACGGCAACCCAUUCAUUAAAGCAACAUGUAAAAGCCCAUGGCCUGUCUGUCUUAAAGAUUCAUGUGGCGUUAGUAUCCGACAUCUGAUGAGAUCUGGAUCAGUCUGAUCCGUGGCUUGUGGCCCGAUGCUGUACCACAUAACAUGGACGCCGCCUAUGAGAAUGUGGAGAUGAACCAAGUCUUGUUUUUUA